AUGAGGCUAAAAGGAUUGGCUUUUACCAUGAUACUGAUUUUUUCAGGAGAACUCUUUGCAGAAGGUAAAUCCUGUGAUAUGCCUAAUGUUGAGCAUGGAAGGAUUGCUCAGUAUUACUACACUUUUAAAAAUCAUUACUUUCCAAUGAACCUAGACAAAAAGCUUUCAUUUUUUUGCUUGGCUGGAUAUACAUCCAAGACUGGGAAACAAGAAGAUAUAACUACAUGCACAUCAGAAGGAUGGUCCCCAAAGCCUGAGUGUUUCAAAAAAUGUAACAAACCAGACUUGAAUAAUGGCUUCUUUUCUGACCAGAAAAUAUUAUACAAAAUUCAAGAAACUCUCCAUUAUAGAUGUGAUUCAGGAUAUAAAACUCCUGGAGGAAAAGAUGAAGAAGUGCUACAAUGUCUUGCCAAUGGAUGGUCUUCUCAACCCAACUGUAACAAGGAACUUGAAAUUUGCCUGGCCCCUGAGUUAUUUCAUGGGAACUAUUCCACAAGCCAGAAGAUGUUCCAAGUGAAGGAGAAGUUGCACUAUACAUGUGAUAAUGGAUACUUCACUACUAGAGGAAAGAGAUCUGAAGAGGCAGAAUGUCAUCCAUAUGGAUGGUCUUUCACUCCAAAAUGUACUAAGUUAACCUGUUCUCCUUUAAGAGCAAUAGAAAAUGGACACUUCAAUCCCACAAAGAAAACCUAUGAAGAGGGAGAUGUAGUCCAAUUUUUCUGUCUUGAAAAUUACUAUUUGAGUGGUUCAGAUUUAAUCCAGUGUUAUAAUUUUGGAUGGUACCCAGAGCCUCCAUUGUGUGAAGAAAGAAGAAAUAGAUGUCCUCCUCCACCACUGCCUCCAAAUGCCAAAAUGCAAACUCUUCCCAAUACUUUCCGGCAUGGAGAAAUAAUUCACAUAGAGUGUGAGCUUAACUUUGAGCUUGAAGGAUCAGAAGAAAUACACUGUGAACAUGGAAAAUGGACACCACCACCAAACUGCAUUGAAAUAAAGGAAAAAAUAGCAUGUGAGGAGCCACCUAUGAUUAUGAAUGGCUCAGCAAACUUCAAUUCUAAGACCUAUUACAAUGGGGCUAAAGUGACAUAUACUUGUGAAAAUGGCUAUCACAUUAAAGGAUCUGAUGAGAUAAUCUGUAAAAAUGGAAAAUGGACCUCACCUCCAAAAUGCAUGGAAAACAAUGAAAACUGUAAACCACCACCUGAGAUUGAACAUGGGACUAUUGUUGAUGAAUUAUUGUCAAGCUAUGAAACAGGGUCCUCAGUGGAAUAUAGAUGCAAUAUAUAUUACUUAUUGAGUGGAUCUCAAAGAGCACUAUGUGUGCAAGGAAAGUGGUCAACUCCACCUAUUUGUUUAGAGCCAUGCACUGCUAAUGCUGAAUAUAUGCAUAACAAUAAUAUAGAAAUGAAAUGGAAUUUUGAAGGAGAGAGAUAUUUUUUACAUGGUGACAAUAUAUAUUUUAUAUGUAAACAGGGAUAUGAUUUAUCCCCAUCAACCAGACCUUCUGAAUUGAUAGUACAGUGUAACAGAGGACAACUGAAAUAUCCAACAUGCAUUAGAAAAGAAUCUGAAGGAAAGUGUGGAUCUCCCCCAAUUAUCAGAAAUGGCAAUAUUAUUGGCUCAUCACAAAAGAGUUAUGAAAAUGGUUCCUCAAUAGAAUACCAGUGUUUAGAUUAUCAUUUCCUACAAGGGUCUAGGACAGCUUUUUGCUUGCAGGGACAAUGGACUACACCCCCAACAUGUUUAGAACCUUGCAUGUUAUCUUCAACUGAGAUGGAGAAUAAUAAUUUGCAUUUGAAAUGGAGUUUUGACAACAGACCUUAUUUUUUUCAUGGUGAAUACAUCGAAUUUCUCUGUAAAAGGAACAGUUUUCUAGCUGUAUCUUUUGAAGAAUCUGAUUUGAGAGUGCAGUGCCAAAGAGGGCAACUGAAAUAUCCACAGUGCAUUGAAAGAAGCAGGACUCAAUAUUACCAACAACCAUUAAGGACAUGAAAGAAAUGGAAUGCAAGAAAGUGGAAAGAAGAGACAUUUGAAAGCAUCAUAAAAUGUCAUAUGCUUAAGAAGAAAAAUAUUACCUAAAAAUAAAUUACCAUCUGAACUGUUUACAACUUUCAACCAAAAUUAUACAUGCUGAAAAUUUUCUUACUGUUUAUAAAAAGUUUGUAGGAUCAUAGAUUUAGAACUAGAAGGGAACUUGGCACUUAGUUUAACCCCUCAUUAUGAAGAUGAAACUGAGAUGGCAGAGUAGACCGAACCAAGUUAUUUGGUCCAACGUUACACAGAUAGUAAGCAGCAGGCCCGCCAUUUAAUGUGGGUUAUCUGACUCCAAAUAAAGGACACUUUCCACUAAAGUUCAUCUUAGCUUGGCACAUAGCUUUAUGUAGAGAGGGUACUUAAUAAAUAUUUUUAAGCGAAUGAGUAGAAGUAAAUGUUAAUUUGGGAGAGGUGGGUUUAGACCCCGAUUUCAUUGCUGUAGGGAACUAUCUGUGAUAAUAUACCUUCUAGCAAUGCAGUAACUUGUAAAUAUAGUGGAGAUGAUAUAUGUGUAGAGAUAUCAAAAACUAUUCCCCAAAUUCAAUGUGGCCUACAGUACUCCCCAGUUCUGAGGGAAUCAGAAUAAAAUGUAAAUGGGAAUAUUUAACAAAAUAAAUACAAUAGCAUACUAA